AUGAAGGCCCCUCACAAAGAUCGGUCUAAAUAUUGCAAGUUUGACCGGGACUACGGCCAUGACACGGAGGACUGCCAUGACCUCCAGAAUCAAAUAGAGGGGCUAAUCCAGAGAGGCCACCUCAGACGCUACCUCAAGGAACCCCGGGAAGUGACUCCAUGCCCCAGGGGCCCUAUUGAAAGACAAAUCGACGUCAUCUCCGGGGGGCCAACAGCUAGUGGCAAUAGCUCUGCGUCGAGGAAGGCUUACGCCCACAGCAUGAUCGAGAAGCGACCCCGACCUAAACACGAGCCUGAAAUCACCUUCGGGGCUGGAGAAGUCGAGCGCUCUCAUCAUGACGACGCUCUGGUGAUCUCGGUCCAGGUCACCAACGCCCGAGUCAAAAGGGUGAUGGUUGACACCGGGAGUUCCGCCGACGUCCUUUACUUCGACGCCUUCAAGAAGCUCGGCUUGACCGAGAGAGACCUCACCCCCAUGGCGUUAGUGCUCACAGGAUUCACGAUGGAUUCCAUCUCCCCGCUCAGGACCACGGUCGUCCCUAUCACCAUGGGGGAAGAGCCGAGAGCGAAGACAGUAUUGACCACCUUCAUGGUAGUCGAUCUGCCCUCGACCUAUAACGUCAUCCUUGGCAGACCGACGCUCAACAAGUUAAAGGCAGUGGUUUCCACUACCAUAGAGCCAUCAAGUUUCCGACCUCGACAGGAAUCGGGGAGGUCCGGAGCAACUCGGGGGAGUCAAGGCGAUGCUAUCUCACCACGGUUACUCUCCCGAGGAAAUCGUGACCGACUCAAACCCCCGACCCCUGUGAAGGACCCAUGGCACCGACGCUACUGGAGCCUCCCGAGUGACUCAUCGAGGUGCCCCUAA